AACGUUUGACUGAAAAUUUAGUAAGAGAUACGCUAACUAUAUAAAUUGGGCAAAAAUAUACUUAUGUGUGAAAGAGCAUUGUCAUUAAAGUAAAUUAUCAGUUUUUUGUUACUAUCAAAUGGCAUUAACGAAACUAAAAGACUAAGUUUAGAACUAAAAGUAAAAGCAGCUUUAAAUUUUAAUUUUAUAUUAGAAUAAAAGUUAUUUUGAAGUGACUCUGACAGUUGGUUUUAGAUCAUCCGAUGUAAAUUCUUUUAAUUUCGUCCAGGUUACUGCAGUGCAGUGCAACUGCAUGUAAAUAUGCAAUUUAAUUUAUUUGUUCUUUGAUCAAGACAUUAUGUAAUUGUUACGUAAUUUAACACAGUUCAGUAUUAUAUACCUUUUUAGAGGUUAUAAUACUAAUACAAACAUAGAAAAUUAAAACAUAUAAGAAUUUUAAUAUCAAUAUCAUUAUUAUCAAACUAUAUGAUUAUGAGGCCUAUAAUUUAGAAACUACAAUUUAAACUUAAAGGAAGUAUUAUAAUAAUCAUUAAUAUUGCUUCCUGCCUGUGUACUGUGUCAGGAGUAACAGUAACAGCAUUAUAUCAGAUUUGACAUGGAGCAAGAGGAAAUGCAGAUUAACUGUUGAACUAGCAAUGCACCAAUGGCUAGCCUGGUGGGGAGUGUUGGAAUCCCUCCACAACCCAGUACUGGCUUCUUGCGAAAAUGUGCAAAGGAGCAGGAAAAAUUACGCACCAAACUUGAGAGGAAGUUGCAGAAUGACAUGCUUAAGUUGUUAGAUGAAGGAUCAUUCUCUGAUAUCGUUAUCAAGUCAUCAGUUUUACAAACACCUUUAUCAGUUAAAGCUCACGAGGGCAUACUAAGAGUUCGGGUGCCGACAUUUUACACUGAACUUUGCCAUAAUCAAAAGAAUAGAAAUGAUAUCUAUGAUUCUAAUCUGGAUAAUGUGGAAUUAUUGUGUUUUUUAAGGAAGGUUUACUCAGAAGAUGACAUCAGAAGAUAUGAAUGUGAGGCUGUUUGGUUGAGCAAGAAGUCUUCAGAAGCUGAGAAGUUGAGUAGUGUUGUUUCUCCAAUGCAACAGACAUUUUCUACGUCUAAAGUUGAUGAACAAGACAAUGUUGUAGUUUCUAGUGGCUACUUAUCAUCAAAUGGUGAUAUUUAUAUAACACCUACAUGUAGUCCACUGUCUCCAGAGAAAAAAGCCAUUUGUGUGCCUGAAGAAGUUCUCAAAACGACAGUCACUCAACAGGAAUCAAAGAGAGAUGUACACAGUGUGACUUCACUUCAUGAAUUACACCUAGUCAUGGAAACCAAAGAUAAUGAGAAGCUAGUCAAAGAAUGUAAUAUUUUAAAUGAUGACAGUUGCACUGCUUGGAGAAUCAACGUACCUGAGCAAGAAAGUAGGAAAGAGUUAAACUCAGCUGGAGCACCUUCUCAAGAUCCGUUUACUUCAAAGGGAUUGUCUUCUGAGGUAUGUUUAGAGGCAAGCAUUGAAAGCUCCGUACUGUCCUCUGGCCACGUUGAAUCUUCUGUAGAUAACUUACAAGAUAGACAGUACAUUCCUCAAAUUAGAAAUUACAGUAUACCCAGAAGUGACACUUUUGAACUCAAAAGUUCUUCUCAACAACAAAACUCAACUGAAUCUCUGAUAGAAAAAGAAGAUGACAUCAUAGCUCCUCUGUCUGACAGCUUAGACACAAAACUAAAAACGGAGCAGAAAAAGGAGUCCUUUUUCCUUCAUGAGCAGACAAGUAUCUUGACAGAUAGAGUUGAAAUAAAUGAACCUAGUGUAGUAACUACUCAUGCACGAACUUUUUCAGGUCAUCAUGUUGAUGGAGGCAUGACAGACUCUGGUUUUAUGUCUCAAACCCAGUCUUUGAUGUCUGAUACAGACAUGCAUUCUUCCCUAAUAUCAUCAGUGAUGACGUGUACAUGCAUGAAACCUUCCCAUAAUGAAAAAGUAAUUGAGAAUAUAUCUGAAAACAAACCAUUGUCUUCUUCAGUAUGUUCAGGAUCACUGUUUCCAAUGUAUAUUGACAUGAAAAGUGUUGUUCCACAGGAAAGUGUUACAGGUAAAACACAGAAGCAUCAGAAACAGCAAGGUGUAUACAUGUACAUAGAUGCUACUCCUACUGGUGUUGAUGAUACACAAGAAGAUUCCUCCCAAGAGUUCCAGAAGACUUCAAAUGUAGCUGCAAUUAAAAGACAAAAUGUAAUAAGUCAAGAAAAAGCUAAUGGAAAAAGUUCACGGUCUGAAAAGGUUAACUCGUGUUACAUGUAUGUAGACCUUGAUUCAAUUACUUCAGAAGAUGCUGAGAAAUUACAAGAAACUCAACAGAAAAACAAAGAAAAGAAGAAUCCGAUGUCAGUAUCCAUGUUUGUUGAAAUAAAUGGAGAAAUGAAUGAUAGUGUGAGAGCUGCACAGGAAAUGUACAGUAGUCUUAUUGACCAAAACACUGGAAAGUUGGAAGAAGGUGGACUUCUCAAUGAAGCUGUCUCAGUGCCUCAAGAAUCACUGUCUGGAAAGGUUCACCAACAAGAAAAACAAAUACAGUUAAGUCCAAUAAAGCACCAGGAACCUGUACCGUCAACAUAUUUACAGUCAGAAAAGAAAGAAGAAAUUACAAGUGAAUCUGAGACACAACACGAAGAACCUGAUGCUUUUGUCAAGAUUGUAAACACAUAUCAGACAUACUUAUUACCAAUGAGCCCAAUAAUGAAACGUAAGGAAGUAAAACAAGAGACAGUGAGUUCAUCACCUGAUCAUAUAGUUGUCAAACCUUCAAUAAAACCACAGGAUGUCACUGCUUUAGCUUUUCCUGUGAGUGGUCCUGUACUGGCUUCAAGAUCUCCCAGCAGGGACUCUUUGGAAGAAACCUGUGGACAAAAAAUUGAACAGAGUGACACAAAAGAAUAUAGUUGUGAAGGUGAUAAGAAUCAAUUGAAAAUUGUUGAAACUAAGAAAAUCCAACAAAAAGCUGAGAUUAAGCAUGAAAAAAAGAAAUCAUUUAAAGAAGAUUCCUACAUAGAUACUGAAAUUUUUGAGACAAAAUAUUCAAGCUUGAAAGAUUUAACUAAAGCAACAAGUCAGUUUGCAGAUGAUGGUAAUUCAGAGCAACAACUUACAAGUGCUGUACUACCCUUACAUCAGAACCAAAAAAACUUAAUAUGUACAAAUGAAGUAUUAUUGAGAAGCCCUGCUGAAGAGCUAGUCAUUGCUGGUACAAAGCAUGAUGACACAGGUAUUUCUGGGCAAGAAGUAGUGAAACUUGUAUCUGCAAAUGAGCAGUCACUUAUGGUACCAGGUUUGCAGUUACCUUCUGUUGAAGAGGUAAGAAAUGCAAAUAAUUUUGAAACUAAAGAAAACUUUAAAGGAUCAGCUGAAGCUAUUACAGAUCUUACUUCAGAAAAUGAACAAGUGUCAAAUAAAGUUCUAAAAGAAUCAGUAACUUUACCUUUGAAAUCUUCAGAUGGUGCUUUAGAUACACCCACAAAAUCUUUAACAUCCAGAUCUUCAAAUGAAUCAGUAAAUGUAGAUUCUCAAAUUUCACUAGAAGCAUUGGAUCCACGAACAAAAUCUUCAGGUUCAAAAAUUGCUGAGGAAAUGAUAAAGUCUGCAGUAAACUGUGUAGUUUCUGGAAUCCCAGAUAAACGUGAAAGUUGGCCUAAAACAUCAUCAGAAUCAAGAACUUUGCAGGAACAUGUAAAUGCUGAGAAACAGUCUGAUUCUAUUGAGAAGCCACAUUUGGUAAACCAAAAUUCUGAUCACCAAAGGGAAUCUAUUCAAACCACUGUUGACAAUUUGGAAAAAAGUCUGCUCUAUUCUCCUCCUCCUCGGCCAUCAGUCUGUGAUGUUGAAGAUGAUUCUGAGACUAUUUACUCAGAAGUGUCUGAUGUAAGUUCAUCUAUUUUAGGACCAAUUAGUUUCCACACAUUAUUAGACAGAAAUUAUCCCCAAGACAGACACAGCUCAGAAACAGAAGGAUUAACUAGUUAUAAAGGCUAUGAUGCUUGUUCUAAACUGGGUGAAGACUUACUCCGAAUGUUCUUGGAAGAAAUAAACUCCGAUGUUGUUAUCAGAGUAGGAGAUAAAGAUAUUAGGGCCCACAAGUGUAUCUUGGUGACUCGGAGCAAAUACUUUGAGGUCAUGUUGAAAGGGGAUUGGAGUGAAAGUACAAAUGACAUCAUCACGCUAAAAGGGUAUAGCUAUUCAGCAGUCCAUUUUGUUCUGUGUCACAUAUACAGUGGAGCUAUCAAUUUGCCAAAGGAUGUCAACAUUGCUGAGUUAGCCCAACUCUCUGAUAUGUUAGCCCUGGAUAGCUUGAAGGAGGUGGUGGUUUUCAAUUUGAAAAUGAAUUAUUGUCACUUUUUUCACAAGCCUUGUAAUCAUUGUAUUGUUGGAGUGGCAGAAUGUUUGCCCCUCACAGCCACAUGUGGGUUACAAGAGCUGCAGAACAAGGCUAUCCAUUGGAUCGGGAAGUAUUUCGUCAGGAUAUGGACACAAAAAGCAUUUGCUACUCUUCCAAAUGACUUCCUCGAGAAAUGUUACAAAAGUGCUCUUCAGAAUUUAACAGUUGAAACAACAGUGGAGAUGCUGCUUAGUUGUGAUCGUCUGAUGACUUCACUGCCACAUAUUAAGUGGGCUGAACCGGUUUUUGGCUUAGUGACACGUCUGAUUGAAGAUUCUAUAAGUUUUACGGCUCUCAAUUUUGAUAAAGUGUUGACUAGUGAUGGAUUUUUAGCUUUAGGAAAGGGCCUGAGUUGGAAUGUGACAGCUGUAGAGGACAAUAUUUGUACAGCGGUAGAAAAGUUGACUCCAAAUGUUGCUUGCAGUACCUAUGUACAAUUGAGUCAUCUGUUACCCAUGGCAGAGUCACAGAACUCCCAGGGAUUAGGGGAUUGGACACAGAAUUUUCUUGAGCUCCUGCGUCAUCUUCAAAGACUUUGUGAACGUUUUCUGAUCCAACAUGCAAACCUUGUGGUCCAUUGUUUAAAUUGGAAUCUUCUGCCUUCAGAAGCUCAGAAAAAAAUCAAAGAUUCUGCAGUUAUUGUAAUUGAAUUUGAAAAGCCAACAGCACCACCACCACGAUUGUCAAGUUUACUGCAGAAAUCCAAGAAGACGCGAGGAGGAGGAGAUGGCUUAGAUUCCGGUGAUAAAUAUGCUACGUAUCCUGUUAAAUCAAAAGAUAAGUUGAAAAAUGAACCUAAACAGGGAAAGGAACUGUUGCCUAAGCAAGACACUACAUUAGUUCCUUUUAAAAAAAACGAGUUUCCUGAUGAGCAGUCAAAAAACAGAAAUGAUAUGACAUCCACUGUUGGGACAGUCCCUGCGAGUUCUCUAACGGAAUGGUCGAUGACUAAAUCCUGUCAUGAUCAAGAAGUAACUAAAAACUUGAAGAAUAAAAAAGAAAAUGAAAACAGUGCAAAUUCUCCAGAUGUUUCUAUGACAACUUCUGUGACGUCUGUUGAAGAUUUUAGCUUUAGUACAUCUGUCAGUACUGAUAGACACUCAGAUCCAACACUGUCAGAAAAGUCUAGACAACAGACUUUUACUAGUGAAACGGAUGAAAUGCUGGAAGUGACAUCUGGAGCUAGAUUGAAGCCCAGGAGCAAUGCUACAUCACCUACAAAAGAUAUUUCCCCCUCUAGAGCUCAUCUGACUGAAAUAACGGACACUCCAAAAUAUCGGCGAUUCAAACUUGGAAGUGCUUCUCCAUCUCGCCUUCCUAAAAAAAACAGGUUGUGCUCUUUCUUCUCUAGCAGUUGGUGAAAUGGAUAUUGAAAGUUAUAAUGAUUGCGAUGAAAUUGAAAACAGCUUUUCUGGAAGUGGAACUACUAUCUCAGAACAGAGUAGUUUAGAUGGGGACAAUUAUGGCAUUGCCUUAUUACAAUCUUGGGUAUGGUGCAAAAUUGACACUACCAGGCAACUUUUCCUUUCUCCACCUAGAUUCAAAUUUCAUUGAUAUUGUCCCUAAUGGGGGGCAUUUUUUAGCUUUUUUCUUUCGAUGUUCUAUUAGUAGAUGUGAUAACAGAAACAAACUAUUAUGCACCUCAGUGUCUCUAAGCAUGUCAAAGGAGGUUUUCUCAAUCUUGCUGCGGUCAGUGGCAUCCCAGAACAAAUGACAAGAUGCAUACAUUUUUGACAUCAUAAUUUUACAGAGUUUUGUGUGUAAACCUGAAGAGCAACUCUAUGGGUCCAAGAAUCCUUUCAUUACCACAGUUCUUUCUCCAAAAUUAUGUCUCACUGAAGGUUUAUAAUUUUGAAACAAUACAUUCAUAUCUCUGACAAUGGUACUUAUAACCCAGAAAAUCA